CCAUAUCCUGUGUGAUCUGAGGAAGUCAAAACGCAAGACUCAUCUGAAGAACCUCUGCAGUUAGCAGUUUAGAUUCAGAGGUCAAGCAUACGAGCUGGGAUUCGAAAAAUAAUACAAUAAAUAUCAAAGGGUUUUAAAAAAUAAAGUAAGGCAAUGCUUCAAAGGGCAAAUUCAAACGCAUCCGAUAAACCCAAACACAUCAAACCGAAGAGAUCCACCAGUUUCGGAAAGUUUGACAACUUCCGGCGUCCGCCCUCACCUUCCAAGCUUGAGGAAGAUGGAACAACUCUGGCUGAGGGGGAGUCAGGAGUGAAGAGAAAAGACAAGCAUCAGAGUUUGGGGUCGAAGAUGAAGGCAAUCGCACUGACUAUGAGGAUGGGAAAGAGACACAUCAAGUCCUGUUCUGAGGAUGCGGGUGACGACACAGACGGAGAACCAGAAGGGGGUCCAGGAAGCAGCUCUCAUUUGGAAAAAACCCCAAACCACUCGAGUAACUCUUUAGAAAGUCUCUCCAGUGGACAGAGUUCUUCCAGUGCCGUGACUGGCAGCUUGGACGUGUCAGUUAACCGAGACAGCCUGAGGAUAGAUGAGGACGUGUCCUACACAGGGCCGUUUUGUGGACGAGCCCGAGUGCACACAGACUUCCUCCCGAGUCCUUACGACACGGACUUGCUCAAGCUCAAGGUGGGCGAUGUCAUCGAUAUCAUAAGCAAAUCCCCGAUGGGAAUAUGGACAGGAAUGUUGAACAAUAAAGUAGGAAAUUUUAAGUUUAUCUACGUCAAUGUGCUGCUUGAAAAAGGACACGGAAAAGAGGACGAUGAAGACAAGGAGGAGGAAGAGUCCCUCAAGAUCAGGCCUCAGAGAACGUCCAAAAGAUCUCGACCCAAAACACUGCAGGAGCUUCUACAGAGGCUGCAUUUAGAGGAAUACGCCUCAACAUUGCUCUUGAACGGCUACCAGUCUGUGGACGACCUGAAGCACUUGAAAGAAAAGCAUUUGAUUGAGCUGGACAUCACGGAUCCCGAGCACAGACGCAAACUACUGGCUGCUUCGGAGGUCAUCUAUGACAUGGGCCGGGGCGAGCUGGACGAGACGAAGAACGAGGAAGAUGAAGAUGAAGACGCGGAGGCGAGCGACUGCCCUCGAGAUUCUGGCUGCUUCAUCCCGAAGGAUUGUUCAGACUCGAGCAGAGACGACGCUGACAUUCACUAACUUCUCUUUUCUUUCUGAACUGAGCUACGAGGAUCAACGCCUCCUCGAAAAAUUCGAAUAUUUGCAUUUGUCUGUUUCGUUUGUAGCACUAGGUCUGUAGUUUUUCUGCUGACUUGUAUUUAAACAUGACAUCCUCUUUUUUUUUCUGUCGGUCUCUAUGUAAAUAUAAACCUACUGUACAUAAAUACUCCUACUUUUUAAUGUGUUGUAAGAGGUAAUAAAUUAUUUGUUUGCACAUUA